AUGUCUGCACCUCCAGCUGCAACGAUUAUCAUCUCGGUUCUAGUGGCGCUGCUGCUCGUCGUGCUCUUCGCGCUCGGCAUCAAGAUGCUGCUCGACCGAUCGAAAGCAGCCCGCUCAGAAGACACGGUCGCACCCGAAAAGGCCACCACCGUUAUCACCACUCCCCGCAGCCUCAGCAGCGCGCGGAUGAAGCCCCGGCAAGGCGCAGUCCACGUGGUGGGCGGAACGGACGACGACGAGGAUGCGGAGAUUCCGCGCGCGCGGGCGGAGAAGUGGUCGCUGGCGGACGUGGCGGAGGCCACGGCGCAGUUCGCGCAGGAGCGCGUGAUCGAGGCGGAGGGGCAGAGCGUGGUGCUGCGCGGGAUCGCGCGCGACGGGCGGGACGUGGCGGUCAAGCGGUGCAAGCAGCCGCAGCCCGAGACCCAGGCGCUGUUUCUCCGAGAGGUGAUGCUCAUCACGAGUCUGCGCCACCCCAAUCUCCUCCCGCUCGUGGGCUACUGCGACGAGGGCAGCGAGCAGAUCCUCAUAUUCGAGCACAUGCAGCACGGCUCGCUCGCUUCCUGGCUGCGCCCGCGUGCAGACGGCAAUGUGUCAAGACCGCCACUCACGUUUGAGCAGCGCGUGAGGAUCGCUGCUGACGUGGCACGCGCUGUGGAGUUCCUGCACUCGCAGCCCAAGCCAGUGGUGCACCGUGACAUCAAGACCCAAACCAUCCUGCUGGACGAGAAAUUCAAUGCGAAGCUGGGGGGGUUGGGGACGCGCAAGCAUCUGCCAGGGGAGUCGAGCCGAGUGCGCGUGCAGCGGAGGAAGGGGUACCUGGAUCCCGAAUACUGCCAAACCUUCGUCGUCACUACCAAGGCCGAGAUCUUUGCGUGA